AUAUCUCUUCCUUUUAGGUGGUUCCGGGGACGUUCCAUACAUGAGUUUUUACGGAGUCAAAUUACCUUUACCUAGGAAAGUAAGCACUGACGUGUUCCCUUGUCACGAUGGCACACUAUCUGAUAAAACACACCUUUUUGCACUUUUCGGAAAACUCCUUAAGUUUGAUAUGUUUCGCACUAGCAGAGGAACUACAGAUGAAGAGUGCUGCGGAAAUUGUCUAGGUAUUGAUACCAAUGCGGCAACUGAUGAACGUGUUACAAAUGGCUGCGCUAAGUGUAUGCCAUACAAAAAACCAAUUCUAGAAUAUGAUCUCAAGUGCACGGCUAAUAAUCAAGGCAAAAAUGAUGUUACUGCCCCACUUGAUCUUUCUUUAUUGUAUUCUUCAACUGAUUUUAGCGGCACUUUAACUAACGGCAAGUUUGACCUCACUACAGGAUUUCUUUCAAAAACAGGCGUCAAAUUUUCCGGAGUUUCAGAUGCAAUCAACGAAAACCCCUUAGUGAUGGCACUAUAUCAUGUUUUCCUCCGUGAACACAAUAAACUUGUCGAUAAAAUGACUGAAUUUGGUAAUGCAAAUCCCUUGGAAGCAACAAAGAAGUUGCUGACUGGAAUAUUUCAGCAUAUUACUUACAACGAAUAUUUACCACUGCUGAUUGGUGAACAAUUACCAACUAGUACUUACGAAGCCGAGAUCUUACCUAUAAUUUCUAAUUCAUUUUCACUUGCCUAUGAAUUAGUAUUGGCUUCAAUGUUGAGAGAAACAGUAAAAAUUUCUCCAACUGAAAAUAAAGAUUUGACCGAUUUAAUGAACAACGCAGCAGUUGUGGACGAUGAAACCAAGUUGAAAAAUAUCAUCGAAGGAAUGCUGAAUGAAGCCAGUUUAAAAAUCGGCAGAAAAAUACCCUGUAAUUUUCGGGAUAAUUGCAAAUAUUCUGACAUAGUGUCAGUCCUAACCCAAGACACGCGUUAUCUCGCAAUACCACCCUACGUUAUUUGGUUGGCAAUCUGGAAUGAAAAUCAAAUCCAAACUUUUGGAGACCUGCCCUUCCACACUGCAGUGGACAAAACUGCGCUUGAGAAGACUUAUAAUACCGUCUAUGACAUGGAUUUCCUAAGCGGCAUGUUCACAGAGAUUAUCGAUAAUGACAAGCCUGCUGGAAAAACACUAUUGAAACUUAUGAAAGAUCAAUUCGUUUCAAUACAAAACUCUGACAGAUUUUACUAUGAACAUACCGGCGUAUUCCUGGCGGACCAACUUGCAGAGAUAAAAAAAACAUCUAUGGCUCUUCUCUUGUGUCGUAACAUAGACAACUUAGAUAAAGUAAAAGAAAAAGCUUUUGAAUUGGCUUCGGGUGAUGUCGAUUGUUCUACAAUACCCGAAAUAGAUUUUUGUAAGUAUCAUGGUGUUGCUUCGACUUGGACUGCUUUUAGAAUCGCUCCUGGUACAUGUAGAUUUUUCCAGAUACAAGCCCGGAAAUGUCAGUCAAGCAGAGUAGAUGCAUGUCCUUGCAUUGGUAGUCCGUUUAAAAUAGAGAGCUGCCCAAAUCAAAUUACAACUCCUGAAAUGCAGCUCAUCUAUCGAUUCUUAGAGAUGAGGAUGGGAAAUGAUGCGCAAUCUCUGGCGUAUAAGGAUAACUACGAGAAGCUCAUGGAAAGAGCGCAAUUUCUAUUUGAGGAAAUGACCAAUAAAUAAGAGCAAUGCAAGGAUUAGCAACAGCAGCAGCAGCAGCAGUGAUAGUAAAAGUAGUAGUAGUAGUAGUAGUAGUAGUAGUAGUAGUAGUAGUAGUAGUAGUAGUAGUAGUAGUAUGUAAUGUUUUUCUAUAUAUAAUGUUGAUUUAUAAAGUAUAGAAAAGAAUUAAAAUAGUAUAUAGAAUAUAUAUAUAUGUGUAUAUGUAUAAAUGUAUAUAUGUGUAUGCGUGUGUGUGUAUGUAUAUGUAUGUAUGUAU